AAAAGAAAAAAAGAAAGACAGACAAGAAAUGCUCCGUUUCAUGAGCUGUUUUCCCGGCUGUCAGUGACGCAACAUCUCACUCAGCCUGCAUGAGAAAUCCACGCGUAGAAGGGCGUGAACUCGCAGCCACUAACCUCCUCCUCAUAAAUAAAACAUCUACUUUUCUAUAAAGCCCAGUUUGCAUCUUUUUUUUUUCUUGCAACCUCACAGACUCAGUUUGAUCUAAACUCUUUCCGUGGACACAAUGGAUAUGAAGGCGGACUCGGACGACAUGGACUACAAGCGUCCGGCUCCCAUCGAAGUUUUCGCCACCAGGUCCACGCUGCAUGGCAUCUCGCACAUGUUCACCUAUGAGCGCAUGUACAUCAAGCGCACCUUGUGGAUCCUGUUUUUCCUGGCCUCGGUGGGCGUGCUGGUGAUGGUGUGCGUGGACCGGGUGCAGUUUUACUUCGAGUACCCCCAUGUCACCAAGCUGGACGAGGUGGCCGCGUCGAUGAUCGUGUUCCCCGCGGUCACCUUCUGCAAUCUCAACUCCUUCCGCUUCACCCGGGUGACUCGCAACGACCUGUACCACGCCGGGGAGCUGCUCGCCUUGCUCAACAGCAGGUACGAGAUCCGGGACACGCACAUGGUGGAGGAACAUGUCUUGCAGAUCCUGAAAGAGAGGGCAGACUUCGGCAGUUACAAGCCUCGACCUUUCAACAUGCGCGAGUUCUACGACCGCACGGGCCACGAUAUUAAGGACAUGCUGCUUGCCUGCUCCUUUAGAGGCUCCGAGUGCAGUCCUGAAAACUUCAAAGUGAUAUUCACACGCUAUGGGAAAUGUUACACGUUCAAUUCAGGCCAGGAUGGACGACCCCUGCUCGUGACGAUGAAGGGGGGCAUGGGCAACGGCCUGGAGCUGAUGUUAGAUAUCCAGCAGGACGAAUACCUGCCAGUAUGGGGAGAGACUGACGAGACAUCAUUUGAAGCGGGGAUCAAAGUUCAGAUCCACACCCAGGACGAGCCGCCGUUCAUAGACCAGCUGGGCUUUGGAGUGGCGCCGGGGUUCCAGACCUUUGUCUCCUGUCAGGAGCAACGGCUGACGUACCUGCCUCCGCCUUGGGGGGACUGCAAGGCCACACCUAUGGACUCUGAUUUCUUCAACACAUACAGCCUCACCGCCUGCAGGAUUGACUGCGAGACACGAUACCUGGUGGAGAACUGCAACUGCAGGAUGGUCCACAUGCCCGGAGAUGCCCCAUACUGCACCCCGGAGCAGUACAAGGAGUGUGCCGACCCUGCCUUGGACUUUCUUGUGGAGAAAGACAAUGAGCGCUGUACGUGCGAGACGCCGUGCAACUUGACACGAUACGGUAAAGAGUUGUCCUUCGUGAAGAUACCCAGCAAGGCAUCGGCCAAGUAUCUCGCCAAGAAGUUUAACAAGACCGAGCAGUACAUAUCUGAUAACAUUUUGGUCUUGGAUAUCUACUUUGAAGCUCUCAACUACGAAACCAUUGAGCAAAAGAAAGCCUACGAAUUGGCAGGCCUUCUGGGUGAUAUUGGAGGACAGAUGGGUCUCUUCAUCGGCGCCAGCAUCCUCACCGUUUUGGAGCUCUUCGAUUAUUUGUAUGAGGUGAUCAAGUACAAGCUGUGCAGAUGUAUGAAGAAGAAACACAAAAGCCGCAACAACAACGACCGAGGAGCCGUGCUGAGCCUGGACGACGUGAAACACCAUGCUCCCUGCGAGAACCUUCGCACGACACCGUCAACAUAUCCCGGGAACAUGCUACCUCACCAUCCGGCCCAGAGCAACUUUGAGGACUUCACGUGCUGAGCAGGCCCCCCCCCCCCCCCCCCCGGCGAAGCAUCAAAAGCGCAUGUUAUGCAACCAAAGCCAACCAUACAGCAAGAACUAUCCAACGUGAAAGACGGUGCGGGACUGAUGCCGAGUCGAAAAAAACACCGGCACUUUUUAUAUGAAAAAACUGAGGAAACCAGACAAAUCAAAACAAAGACUUUUUCACCCAAGGAAGAGCGGAGACAAAAGCCCUGAUUAUUUAAGGAAAAAAAAAAAAAUACAACAAAAAGUCUGUUCAUUUUUAGGAGAACAUUUCACGCAAAACACUCAAAACUCUGGAAUACUGCCGCUAAGGACGCUCACGGAGAAAAACGCUACUAACACUAAAAAAAUAGAUAAAAAGUCAAUAAAAUACACAUAAAUGAUUCAUGGAAGAUGUGCGAUUAUCUCAUCCUAGACAGGAGGCGCCACACAACACGACGCCUGCGAUUGUGACAAUAUUCAUAACUGCUUCCCGCUCUGCACAUGUAGCGGACAUGUGUAGCUGUGACGACGCUUCAUGAAACAUCAGCCGCGUAGUUUGGUUGAGAAUGUAUCUUUGUUUUACGAUUAAAGGGGUCGGACGUGGUGUGGGAAGACUUUCAGUGGGCCCGUAGCGGAAGUGGUGGUGGUGGUAGAGAUGUUUCAGCUGCCAUUCGCAAUGUACUGCUGAAGAAUUUCAGGUUUCAUCUUGUAAGUGCAUGCUAGUAUUGGUCCAGCGCAUGCUUUUCCAUUCCAUUUCUAAUUCAUAUUGAUUUAUACUGUAUAUCUUUGUAUUUAAAAAAAGUAUAUACAUAUAUACAUAUACGUAUAAUCACCAGGUUUGCCUCAGUGAUAAACAGGAAAAGGAAGAUGGAACUCCAUAUAUGUUUCUGUGCGUCUGUGUGGUGCCGACGGAUGGAUGAGCUUCGCCUAAUUUCAUUUGUCAUUAUCAGUGUUUUUCAUUUGCACACAAGUCAAAGAAUCUCUACCCGACCUCUUCUCACAGUCUCAAGACGAGGUGAGGUGAUGUUUUUGCUUUUCUUUUGUCUCCUUUAUUUGAAAUCUCUUGGAUUCGUGAACAGAUAAUUGAUGAAAUCCUAGGAGUUUUGUGGGGCUGUUAAAGAUUUUCUCUGUAUCCGUGUUCUAGUUGCAAAAGUCCUAUCAAAGCACAAUACCGCCAGUAUGUAGAGGUGACGUAAAAGAAAAUGUACUCUUCUUCUUGAUAUAAUGUCAUAUUAUUAAUAUCGUGUUUAUCCAAAUGUUUUUUCGGUUGCUCUUCUUUUCUUUCUAAUGAAACAUACUCAGUACUGCCUGAUAAUCCUGUCUCCAUCCUUCAGGUUAAAUAGGCUGAACUAUUUAGUUAUUCAAGCAUAAAUAAAAUGUAAAUAUCAU